AUGGCAACCAGACGUUUGACAGAUAGUUCUGAGGGUCCAGUGCCAAGCUGGGUGCAGGCUCAACCAACUCUACCACGCAGACAUGAAGGUCUCCAAGUGGAUUACACCUUCCUUCGACGCUAUAGGGUACGACAAGUGGAUCACACGUCCUUUCUGUUUGGAUCCAAACGGUGCCUUGCCCUGUUCGGAACACACCAUGGAUUGAUCAUCGGGAUAUCAUCGGGUCAUUCCAGGGCAGCCAUGUCUCGCGCCAUGUCGGUGCUGGAGCCUGACACACUGCGCCCAUCGGAAGAGAAAAUCGAUCCAGCCGAGCGGGUGGAGAAAGCCAAAAAGCUGAAAGAAGAGGGCAAUGCCAAAUUCAAAACCGAGGAUCUUCCAGGUGCUCGCAAGGCCUAUGCAGAGGCUCUGAGACUAACGCAGAAGUUACCUGAAGAUCUGGCCUUGGAAGCUGCGGUGUCUUUGCGCAGACCAGUGCAGCUGAACUUGGCGCUGGUCUGUUUGCGGCUGGAUCCCAGCCAGCCGAUGCGCGCCUUGGAGCUCUGCGAGGAGGUGCUCGAUGCGGAGCCAGAGAAUCCCAAGGCCACUUACCGGAAGGCAAAGGCUCUCUUAGAGCUGGGAGAAGAAAAGGAAGCUGAGUUUGAGUUUGUGCGUGCCUGCAAAUUGAUGCCAAAGGACGCCACAGUGCGGAAAGACUUGGAGGCUUUAAGGAAGGCCAUGCGAAAAGACAAGGCCAAGGAGCAAGAGACUUUUCAAGGCCUUUUUCAGAAGAGCCCCGGCUUUGCUUCAGAGGGCCGUCAGACGCAGCAACGCCUGACGAAACAAGAUGUGGACGACAUCUACUUCCAUGAUGGAAAGGAGAAUCCUUACGAGGGUGCUGAGAGCCCUCAGGACCUUGCCAGCGGAUUCCAAAAGGAAGGGCGUUUGGAAGAUGCUGCGCAAGCCUGGGAGGUAGCCAUGGGACGUAGCGCGCAAGAAGAGGAUUGGCUGUCCCACUUUCAGUAUGCCUUGGAAUAUGGUGUGCUGCUGAUGGAUUUGAACAUCGAUCGUCUCGCACUGCGUUGUUUCAACACAGUUUUUGAACGUCCAGUGGAGGAGUCCUUGGAAGAGAGUGCAAAACCUUUGAGGCAGCAUGCGUUGCUCCUGAAGUCAAUUUGCCUCUUGAAUGAGUCCGCGGAUGCGCAGGCAGAAAUCACCGAAUGCCUGCAGCAUUGGCUGCAGAUGGCACACAAAGGCGAGCACCAGCUUUCCCCAGAAGAACGCCUUCUGCAGUUGCGAGAACAGGGUACUUGGACCGCAGACACCGCCGUUGCAUUGGGCCUUUUGCAGCUCUUGACGGGCCAGGAUUCGGUGCCAGAGACUUUUGCCUCUGCUGUGGUUGCUGAAGACAGCAGCUUCUUCGGUGCUGAGGCACGGCGAAGCACAAGGUGGAACAUGUUGGGUGCGGUACUGAACAAUCGUGGCUUUCAUGAGCAAGCGAUUGAAGUGUGGCGACAUGCUUUGCAGUGCCAACCUCAAUAUCCUCGUGCUUUGGUGAACAUGGCCAUGGCACAGCUGAAAUGCGGUUCCUUCCUGGCUGCCUGUGCCAGUCAGGCGCAGGCGCUGAAGGCCUCACCUGUGUGGGCCACCGAGGAGAUCUGGGUUCAACUGGAGAAGGAGGCGAUGGCACAAACCAAUAUUGAUGACCUGGCGGAAGCUGUACGUGCUCGGCGCAUCGAAAAGGCACUAGCACCGUGCAAACGCUGUGCAGCAAACUUGGAGCCACCCUUAGAGGUGCAACAGCUGAGAAGUGUACACGGCACUGCAGGCGACGUCCAGAAGCUGGAGCUUGCCAUGCCCUGGAGUUUCGCAAAGCCAGAAUACAAGUACUACAGCAAGCUGGGACUGCCUUACAUUUCAAUAUUCACAGUAUUCAAGGUCAUUGCUGCUGCAGUGACCUUGGCGGUGGUGCUCUUCGGUCUCAUCAAAGCAUUAAUCAAAGCAAUCAAAGAGCUUUUGAAGACCAUGAAGAAGGUUAUCAAAGUUGCUGGGAGUUUGAAGAUGCCAGAUCUCAGUGGAGAAUUUCUUCCAGACAUUCCAGGUUUGCCGAAGAUUCCAAAGUUGAAGCUGCCGUCUGUACCUGGCUUGCCAAGUCCUCCAAAGCUUUCUCUAGGAAAGAUGUUCUCCUUGUCUGGUUUAAGCUUCAGCCCAAUCAUGGCACCUUUGGCCAUCCUGGCAGCAAUCGCGCUACUGACAAAGUAUCGCAUUUUCAAAGCCCGGCUUUGGCCGCCCCUUUCAGGUCUACCUGGGCUUCGAAAUGGCCUGUACCGUUUGCCCUAUCGAAGCUUCAAGGGUGUUUUCUCGCAUUUGCCCUACUUUGAUCAGCUUUACAAUGCAGGUGGUCGCUUCAUGGGUAUUGCUGGACUUCCAACAGUAGCCCAAAAUCCAGGUGACCAACCGAUGUCUGCCAGUGUGCCACGUCCAAAGAUCCAAGGUUUUUUGGGAGAUCCGUACUACAAUCUCGUCCUGAGUGACUGGCAAUACACACAUGGAGUGAUAUUGGGGAAGAGCGUGCUGAUUCCAUCCAUCAUCCUCAAUCUGUCCAUGCGCUUUAAGCAGUUCAAAGAAAUGGUUCCUUUGAUGGGACCUCCCAGUGUCAAAGAGAUGUUCGGCAUGGAGAGCUUCAUUCAAAAGAUCAUGAGGUUGCUUGCCAAAGGAGCUGUUGCCGCUGGUGCUGCCUCAGUAGUUUUCUUGGAGACAGAGGCUGUUUGCCCUUGGCCCCAAGACCUUCAAGAGUCCCAACUCGAGGCUGUCUGCAGCUGGCCAGCCAUCGAGGGUGGCUCCUCGGACACCAGCUUUGCAUCAGUGCAAGGACCAUCAGAGUUUUUCAGACAAAGCUUCCAUUCUGAAAGACUACAUCCGGAAGAGGCACAGUGCCCUCUUUGGUUGUUUCCAGCAGUCCCAGGCGAAGCUCGGAAGGUCGUGUCGCUGCAGACUUUCCUCUGA